AGGAGCAGCAGAAGAGCAGCAGCAGAGUUCUGUGUCGAUAUUCCAGCUCAGUAGAGGGAGCUCCUCGUAAGACGAGCAUGUUACGAGGCAUAUCCUUUCACAUGUUCAGCAAGCAAGUUCGAGUGUUGUUCAUGAGUGAUGUCUUUCGAUCGUUCAAGCUGAGUAGAUGGAGCUCCUCGUAGAACGAGCAUGUUACGAGGCAAAUCCUUUCACGUGUUCUGCAAGCAAGUUCUAGUGUUGUUCAUGAGUGAUGUCUUUCGAUCGUUCAAGCUGAGUAGAUGGAGCUCCUCGUAGAACGAGCAUGUUACGAGGCAAAUCCUUUCACGUGUUCAGCAAGCAAGUUCUAGUGUUGUUCAUGAGUGAUAUCUUUCGAUCCUUCCAACCAAGAGACCAUUAUUUUCUCCGUGGGCGAAUCGAUGCAAUCGCUUGUCUUGCAUCCGAGACAUGCAUUUGUCGGAUGAUAAUACUCUCUUGCUUGGAUCUACACAAUUUCUUCAAAAUUAUCGGUUUCGGUUGGAACUGAUAACGGGAGGUGUUUCUACACAAUUGAUUCCACGAACAAUUGACUUCGUAUUCUUUGCACUAUCUUCCGUAUCCAAGGCUCUGGAGAUCAAACAAUCUGCAAUUGUAUCAGUUUGCAGCUUGCAGGGAGGCUCUUUUUUCCUCAACAUCCAACCGAUUCUCGAGCUCUGAGUUGGUGCAAUCAUGGCAAGCUCAUCGGGAACUAAAUUCGGAGAAGUCCAACUACAUCAAACCUACAUAUGCACAGGCUGUCAUAUGGGGUGGCACUAUGCAUGUAUGUCUUUAUUUGAUGACGAUGCCAUCGAUCCUAUGGGAGGAUUGUGGCAUAAACAUUGUGCGGGCCGAUGCAGAUGUAUGGGUGCAGCAUGUAAUCGAUGUGAGCAGUUAAGAAAGUUUACAUCUUGUAGAGUAGAUCUUCAACUUGUGUCGAGAGAGACCCUUCCAAAAUUCUGGAAAUGUCUAUCAUGCCAUUCGGAAGCACUAGAGAUAGAUAAUUUUCGAGUUCGUUCCUGUCAACAAGCUAACCUUGAUUUAAACAUGGAGGUGGAACCCGAAGAUUGUCAGCUCCGAUCUUCGCCGUCUGAAGGAAGGAUGGAUCUUGAAAAACUUACCCCUACUCCUUUUGAAGGAGGGACGGAUCCUCAAAAACUUACCCCUACUACGAAAGUCCUCUCAGGUUUAGUAGACCAAGUUUCAGAGCUCAAAGUUCAAUCUCCAGUUCCUAAGGAGAAACAGUGCACCAUUCCAGAUUCCACAAGGACAAGAAAUGAUUUGCAGGACCAAGUAAAAGGCUCUUUGAGUUUGUUGGGAGAACAGAUUUCAAGCUCCAUGGAAGAUGAUUAUCCGAUAUCAAAGCUCAUUAGGAAAGGGAAAAAUUUGGCAACUCAGGAAGCCGAAGAAUCUCUGGUACCCGUGAAGCAGAUGGAAAUUGAAGGGGAAGAAGCCAAAAAAGAAAAAAAAAAGAAGCGAAAAAAAAGAUUUGGGAAGAACUGGACCUCGAUGAUAUACACCAAGUGGGGCAAACGUGGAGAAAGGAGUAGGAGAAGAUAUAAAAGUCUUCAAGAUGUACAGGAGCCUUUCCUUGUAGAUGAAAAUGUGGAAUACUCUCACAUUGUAGGAAACAGAGUCAGUAAAGAGAUGGUGAAUGAGGAAGACUUCACAACCGACUUGGCUAACUUGGAGGGCUGGAGGAAAAGAAGAACGGCAUUUCCCGACUCUGACGACGAGGAAGGAACUAGCUUAGGCGGUUCUGGCUCAGAUCAAGAGACACAUCUCUUACAUCAAGUUGCGAAAACUGGAGUACAGUCGGAACGAAGGGUUGAGGGAAAGGAUAUGAAGGCAAUAGUAAUCUACUCAGAACCAGAUGUAAAUCUUGCAGAUCCUUCUCACGAUCAGCUGGAGUCUCUGACCGUACCAAAUCGCCUCCAAACUUCUGAUAAUACGAGCGCUCUCAUGAUCAUAGAUAGCAACACACCUCAGGGACUGCAAAACAUCAAAGUUUUGAAAAAAAAACAACUGCGGAAACCAGUUCAAGCCUUAGCUGUGACGGCUCCAAAAUCUCAUUUCGGCCCCAUCACUGCUGACCAUGAUCACAAACGACGUCGCGGAGUACUCGUUGGAGAUAUUUGGGAUAACAGAUUGAGUUGUCGGCAAUGGGGAGUGCAUUUACCACCUGUAUCUGGCAUAGCAGGGCAAUCUGAAUAUGGAGCUCAGUCUGUUUGCCUCUCAGGUAGUUACGAUGACGAGGACCAUGGAGAUUGGUUCAUAUACAGUGGAAGUGGAGGCAAGGAGUUGAUCCAAUCGGUCAACAGAUCGUCGCCUUAUUACACAAAACAUCAAGUAAAAGAUCAGACGUUUACUAGCUUCAAUGCUUGCUUGAGGUUGAGCUGCAUCGAAGGGCUACCGGUGCGAGUACUAAGGUCUUACAAGUUCAAAAGUUCGCCUUUUGCACCGGAUCCAAAAUCUUUGUGCUAUCGCUAUGAUGGUAUAUACCGAGUCGAAAAAUGCUGGAGGAUCGAAAAAAAAUCGGGUUUGAAGGUGUGCCGAUUUCUCUUUCUGAGAUGUGACAAUGAACCUGCACCUUGGAAGAAAAGCAAAGACAACGUGGAAAAGAAAGUGGAUUUCUUGAAUCCACGGGAAUAUUUUGCAAGACUCAAGUUGGAAGCUGAAUCUAUAUUAGUCAAAGAGCUGGAUGUAUCUUCUGAAUUGACAGAAAGAACUGCUCCACCAGCUUGGGACUGGAAGAAUGACAAGGAAGAAUGGGGAUGGGUGAAAGAUCCUCCAACUAGAACCCGGAAUCGCGUUCUUAAAAUUGCAAGACGGCUUAAUUUUCAAGUCAAAUUCCAAAAACAUUCAAAAUCAUCUCUUGCAUUGAAUGAAGCAAUGUUAUGCUCUUUUUGCAAUGCAACGCAAAAACUAAAUGAUGUUGAGUAUGCAUCAUGUGGCCAUAAGUUUUGUACUGAUUGUCAGAUCAAUAUACAAACUAGGUCAUUGGAAAAUAGAUCACAACAUGUGAUUGACAUGGAAAGUGGGAAAAGAAAAAUCACAUGUCCAAUCCAGAGAUGCAAAGCAAAUUUGACAAAAUUUUUCAGACGACUGGAGAUCAAAAAAAAUUGGCAACUUCAAAAUCUUUCAUCAUCCAUGUUGCAAGUUUCCUGUCUCUCUCAAGACAAUGAUGAUAAGUUUGAAUCAUCAGAUGAUAUUGAGGGAGAUCCUGAUUAUGAACCUAACAUUACGCCUUUAUCUAGUUCUCCAACUUCAAUGUCAUCAGAAGAUUGA